AUGGAAAAUCGAAAUAACGUCACUGUGUUUAUUCUCUUGGGUCUUUCUCAAAACAAGAACAUUGAAAUUGUCUGCUUUAUAUUAUUCUUAUUUUGCUAUAUUGCUAUUUGGAUGGGAAAUUUGCUCAUAAUAAUUUCCAUCACAUGCAGUCAGCUAAAUGACCAACCCAUGUAUUUUUUCCUUAAUUACCUUUCUCUCUCUGAUCUCUGUUACACAUCCACAGUGACACCAAAACUAAUGACUGACUUAUUGGCAGAAAAGAAGACCAUUUCUUACAACAACUGCAUGGCACAACUUUUUAUCAUGCACUUUCUUGGAGGUAUUGAGAUCUUCAUCCUAGCUGGGAUGGCCUAUGACCGCUAUGUGGCCAUCUGCAAGCCCCUGCACUACCCUGUCAUCAUGAACAGGCGGAAAUGUAACACAAUUGUCAUAGCUUGUUGUACUGGGGGAUUUCUACAUUCUUCUAGUCAAUUUCUUCUCACCAUCUGCUUACCCUUCUGUGGACCCAAUGAGAUAGAUCACUAUUUCUGUGAUGUGUAUCCUUUGCUGAAAUUGGCAUGCACCAAUACACACAAAAUUGGUUUAUUGGUCAUUCUCAACUCAGGGCUACUUGCUUUAAUGACCUUCAUGAUUUUGAUGAUGUCUUACAUUUUGAUAUUGUAUACCAUCAGUGCUUAUCCUGCCGAAAAUCGUACCAAAGCUCUUGCAACAUGUUCUUCUCACAUAACAGUGGUGGUCUUGUUUUUUGUGCCUGUCCUCUUUAUUUAUAUUAGGCCAGCUGUCACUUUUCCAGAAGAUAAAGUGUUUGCUCUUUUCUAUACCAUCUUUGUUCCCAUGUUCAACCCUCUGAUUUACACACUAAGAAAUAUGGAGAUGAAAAAUACCAUAAGAAAGAUAUGGUACUAUCAAUUGUUUUUAGGAGGCAGAUAG